AGAGAAAGAGAAGCUCACACAACGUCUUUGGAGCAUGAUCAGAUUCACCUUUGCGGUUUUCCUUUUGGCUCUGGGGUAUCUUGUCUGCGUGGAGGGUAACCCCUGCUGUUCAGAGCCAUGCGAGAACAGGGGUGUUUGCACAGCGAUGGGAACAGAUAAAUAUGAAUGUGACUGCACACGUACAGGGUUCUACGGACCAAACUGCACAACACCUGAAUUCCUCACCUGGAUCAAAGUGUCUCUGAAGCCAUCGCCCAACACAGUCCACUACAUUCUCACCCACUUCAAAGGUUUCUGGAAUAUCAUCAACAACAUCUCAUUUCUCAGGGAUGGCAUCAUGAGAUAUGUGCUGACAUCCCGAUCCCACUUGAUUGAUAGUCCUCCAACUUUCAAUGCGGAUUAUGGUUACAAGAGCUGGGAAGCCUACUCCAACCUUGAUUACUAUACGCGGUCCCUCCCCCCUGUGCCAGAGGAUUGCCCAACCCCCAUGGGAGUAAAAGGUAAAAAGGAGCUACCUGACGCUAAGGUUUUGGCUGAGAAGCUCCUUAUGAGAAGACAGUUUAUUCCUGACCCACAAGGCACCAGCUUGAUGUUUGCAUUCUUCGCACAGCAUUUCACACACCAGUUCUUCAAAUCUGACAUGAAGAGAGGACCUGCCUUCACACUAGCUAAAGGUCAUGGGGUGGACCUCAACCACAUUUAUGGAGAAAGCGUGGACAGGCAACGCAAGCUCAGACUCUUCAAGGAUGGCAAAAUGAAAUAUCAGGUUCUUGAAGGAGAGAUCUACCCCCCGACAGUAAAGGAAGUGGGCGCUGAGAUGCACUACCCCCCUCAUGUCCCUGACUCUCACCGCUUCGUCGUAGGCCACGAGGCUUUCGGCCUGGUCCCUGGUCUGAUGAUGUAUGCCACCAUCUGGCUCCGUGAACACAACAGAGUAUGUGAUGUGUUGAAGGAGGUCCACCCUGACUGGGACGACGAAAGGCUUUUUCAGACCACACGGCUCAUUCUGAUCGGAGAGACCAUCAAGAUUGUGAUUGAGGACUACGUGCAGCACCUGAGUGGCUAUAACUUCAAGCUCAAGUUUGAUCCUGAGCUGCUGUUCAACCAGCGCUUCCAGUACCAGAACCGCAUUUCAUCUGAGUUCAACACACUGUACCACUGGCACCCACUGAUGCCUGAUUCUUUCCACAUCGAAGAGAAAGACUACAGCUAUAAACAGUUUGUCUUCAACACCUCUGUGGUGACCGAGCACGGCAUCAACAAUCUGGUGGAGUCGUUUACCAAACAGAUUGCUGGACGGGUUGCAGGUGGCCGAAAUGUCCCAGGACCUAUUAUGUACGUGGCCAUUAAAUCCAUAGAGAACAGCAGACAAAUGCGCUACCAGUCCCUGAACGCUUAUAGGAAACGAUUCUCCAUGAAGCCCUACACCUCUUUUGAAGACUUGACAGGAGAGAAAGAAAUGGCUGCAUUGCUGGAGGAGAUGUACGGACACGUUGAUGCUGUGGAGCUCUACCCAGGCCUGCUGGUGGAGAAACCCAGGGAAAAUGCCAUCUUUGGGGAGACCAUGGUGGAGAUGGGUGCCCCUUUCUCCCUCAAGGGCUUAAUGGGAAAUCCCAUCUGCUCCCCGGAGUACUGGAAGCCCAGCACCUUUGGAGGCAGCGUGGGGUUCGACAUUGUCAACACUGCUUCCCUGCAGAAGCUUGUCUGCAAUAAUGUCCGGGGCCCCUGCCCUGUGGCAUCCUUUCAUGUGCCCGACGUUAAAGAGACGGGGUCCAUGAUCAUCAACUCGAGCUCAUCCCACUCACGCAGCAGUGACCCCACAGUCAUUUUGAAAGAAAGGACUACUGAGCUCUAAGUUGUUGUUUUUUAUUAUACUGUUUUUAUAUAUCUAUGUAUUUAUUUAUUUAUUUAUUUUGUAUUUAUUGUUAUAUUUAUGAUAUGAACUUUUUCUACAGAUCUGGAAUCAUUUGAAAUCUUGUUUUGCAUUUAUUUAUUUUAAAAGUAAUUAUUAUCACAUGUGAGUGUCACAUGUUAUACUUGAAAGUUAGUUUACAGCUACACUGUAUAAUAUUUUUUUAGAUUGACUGCUGCUCUUGGACUGUUACAACAAAAUUGUGUUUGACUUGUACAAAUUUCAUUAACAUAUAAUGUGCUGCAAUAUAAUUAACUUUUUUUAACUGUUAUUUUUUAAGAGUUUAUCUGCUUCCUUAUGUGUUGUUAAAAUGAUUUAAUUUUGUUGAAUUGUUUAAGCUGCCUAGGUUGUUUGUAAUAAAACAUUUCUGCUCUGUAGAAAACUUUCC